CCGAGCCGAAAAGUUCUCUUUUCUCUCUGACUCACUCUCCCCACAUUGCACACACAAUAUUCAAAGCUUGUCACUUUCAUAGAAAUUGUCAGUGCAACAACAUUUACUGCCUAGCAAAUUAGCAAUUUUUGAAUGGGAUCUCGUUCAAAUUUUAAACCCUAAGUUAGAAUCUUGAAAUAAAAAUCACUCAAUGUGGCCAGCUUUGGUAGUUGCAGCAGCAGCAGGAUCUGGUUUUCUAGCCAAGAAAAUCUUUAACCAAAAUGCUACUGAACCCACUUCUGGUUUCACUGAAACUAACAUAAAUUGUGAUAAAGAUUCAAGCUUUACGAGUAAUCAUGAAAUUAACAGUAAAUGUGAUCAACCCAAUGACCCAGAAGAAGGGUUUAAGGCCUCUUUUCAGCAUAAAGAUUCAAGCUUUGCAUGUAAUCUUGGCUGCAGCAUUCAAGAACACAGUGAGGGGUUUUCUGAUGGAUCAAUUUUUAGGUUUUCUAGUGCUUCUGGUUCUGAAUUGGGGUCUAGGAAUUUGAGGAAGAAAAAUGUGGAAGGUUCUAGAAAGAGCAAUGGGAAUGCAAUGGAGUGUAAGAGAAAUAAUGGUGGGAAGUUAGGAAAAAAAUGUGGAAAUGUAAGGGGUGGUGAAAAGGAAUUGUUUAGAUUGGAUAAGAGGAAGAGUGGAAAUGGGAAUGGGAAGAGAUUUUAUGUUUGUUUAAAGAAGAGGAGAACUAAUAAGGUUCCUUCAGGGAAAUGUGAUUCUUGUGCUUCCAAAGGUAAUUCCUUUUUCGGUUACGGACUAGGAAUUGGAAUGGUGUGCAUGAUGUCAGCUGGGAAAUCUGAGAUCAAUAGGCUCAAUUCUACCAUGAAUGAAACUGCAAAAGCUGUAGAAGAAUUAAAAGCCGAACUUUCUAGGAGAAAAGUUGCACAUGACCUGCGUGCUUCGAAAAAUAAAGCUGAAACAAAUGAAAAGAAUGAUGGAGAAUGCACGAUACGUGCUUUUCCGGAGAGUGGCACCGAAAACAGGAAUAUUUUUAGAGCAGUAGAUCACCAGGUGGCUGAGGAAGGUGAAUGUGCAAGCAGUGUCGUUACAGAAGAGCCGCAACCUGAGGUUAUGGAAAUGGAUCAGCUGGAAGCAGAGCUUGAGUCUGAAUUACAAAAGCUUCCAUGGUGUGCUACUGAAGGUACAGAUUUGGGUGGAGGAAGAGAUCCUUGUAAGGAUGAAUUUCUGGAGAAAAACUUUAACUUAGCCAAUGACCACAAUGCGGAAACUUAUCAAUUCAGUGGAGUAUUGCCAUCGGAACUGGAUCAAAAGCUGUGUCAUUUACUAAUUGAACAACAAGAAAGCCAGAUUGUGGAGCUGGCAUCUGAGCUGCACCAAACUCAUUCCAAACUCCAUGAGAAAGAAGCUGAGCUCCAGGCGCUCAAGGAUUGUGUCCGGCGUCUUACUGAAUUUUCUCUAGGUAGUGCUUCAGAUGAAGAGACUGAUGGCAAAAUGGAAGAUGAGAUCAGUGGUGGUGGGGAUCAAGAGAAGAACAUAGGACCUGAAUCAAGAAAAUCAAUAGUUGGGAUGAAAAGAUCAAUGAACCUAAAGUAUUAAAGUAACAUAUGAUUGGUUCACAAACAUAAACUGUUGGCUUGUACCAAGUGAAAAAGAUUUAUUGAUAGUUCAAUCAUCUGUUUACUUUAGUUUCUAAAAUCUGUGGGCCAUCUUUGUAACAUCAUAGAGGGGGGACAAAAAAGGGAAAGGAAAAAACUUUGAAAAGAUGUAUAUUUCUAUGAGUAUUACUGUAGUGGAACUGUGUAAGCACUGUUUUUGAGGUUUUUUCAUCCUAAUAUUGAAAUAUAAAAAACGGAAAAGGGUCA